AUGAAUAAUUCGCUUAUUUAUGUUUUAGGUUCAAAUGUUUUAGAAGGUAUUGACAAUCGUAUCAAUGAAUUGAAUCAAAAAUUGAUAGCCAAUUCAUCUAAAUUCGAUCAACAAAUGCAAAAGCUUUACUCGAAAAUUGAUCGUUUAAGUUCAAAUGUUAAUAUUAAUACACAUGCUCUUGAGCCGUAUAUCGAUAAAUCUGGUGAACGAUUUCAAGAUAAGCUAAUGUUUAAAAAUAUUAAUUUGCUUGGAGUUAUGGCAACGGACUAUGGCGAUUAUUCUCGACAAAUUCUACGAAUAAUUUUUACUGGAGAUGAAUUAAAAACAUGUAUUCUACCACCUGGUAAAGCACAUCUUACUCGAGAACCACUUGAUCAAGAACGAUUUACAAUAUUCCUUGAUGCAGUUCGAUUCAAAUUCAAAUUAGAUUCGGUCAAUUUUGGUUUAUUUUAUAAAAGUUUAUUACGGCGAAAACUCACCGACUUUUUAAUUGAAGAAAGGCGUCGAGAAGAUGUUCAAACUCGUAUCAUACUUACAGAUUCUACACCUAUUCGCGUACUGGAAUCUUGUACAAUCAAUUGGGACUUCACAGCAAAUAAUAAGGGUAUCGAAGGUCUCGAAUUUAUUACUCAUCAAGGUUCUGGUCACAGUUAUCUGUUGGGAUUAUGCGAAGUUAAUGAUUGCGAUCCUAAAUCAACAUCAAACAAUAAUGGACGCAUUUUAGUGCGUGAAAAGAAGGAAGCUACUAAAACACGCAAGGAAAAUUGUUUUAAAGAGAUCUAUACUAUAAUAAAAACAUUUUCAGUGAUUUGCAGUUGGGACCCAGUUGGCACACUUGUUAUACCAUCAGCGGUUCAUUUCGACGACUAUUCAUCUUCGUCAAUGUACCAUCGAAAAGAAAAUGAGUUGCCAACGCAUGUUGCAGUGACCAGUCAAGUGAUGAGUCAAGUGUGGGUCGAUAUGAUUGAAGAGAUCAAUCAAGCACCUUUCUUUUCACUUUCACCAUUAAAUAAUAACACCAUUUAUGCUCUGCCAAGAACACACAUAGUAACAUCAGAAUGUGGAAUAAGAUAUGGCAAUAUAGAAGGCGUAGCAUGGCAAGGUAGAAAUGAACUCAUUUUUGUAUCUGACCAGGCCAAAAAUGAUCAAGGUACUCAAUGUAUUGAGAAAGAGCAGAGUAUGCACUAUUUUUUUUUGCCUUAA